CUAACAGCAAACCUACUCGCAGAGGCAAAGGCAGAGUGGGGAAUGAGCUCAAAAAAUCAGUUUUGAUCCAGAAAUGGCGGUUUCAUCAUCCACAGUUCGAGACCUCUUGAAAGAACGAAAGCUCCCUUUCAUCUUCUCUCUCGCCCUCCUCCUGCUCCUCAUCUUCACCUUCCUUCUCAUCUCCGGCACCUCUCAGAAAUACGCAUUCUACAUCGCCGAAUCCGAAGCCGAACCCGAACCGGAAUUCAAUCUCAAGGGACAAACCUCGCUCUCUUACACUCCAAACCCUAUCACUUCCAAUUCCUCUUCCUCGUCACCUCCUUCAAAGUCGCGGCGAUCGGGCGGUAGCGAUGUGGUUCCGCAUGUCGCCGAUGAUAGAGAUGUGGAAACGGCGUCGAUUAGGUGGAAGCGGUGUGACGGCCCGGUGGCGGUUGAUUAUAUUCCGUGCCUUGAUAAUUGGAGGGCGAUCAAGGCGUUAAGGUCCAGAAGGAACAAGCAGCAUCGAGAGAGGCAUUGUCCUCGCCCUCCUCUCACGUGUUUGGUUCCGCUUCCGACGGGUUAUCGGAUUCCGGUUCCGUGGCCCAAGAGCAGGGAAAUGAUAUGGUAUAACAAUGUGCCUCAUCCUAAGCUUGUUGAUUACAAAAAGGACCAGAAGUGGGUGAUCAAAUCUGGGGAUUAUUUUGUAUUCCCCGGCGGUGGUACACAAUUCAAGGAUGGGGCAAACCUCUAUAUAGAAGCUAUAGAGAAGACAUUACCAGAAAUUGAAUGGGGAAAACACACAAGGGUGAUCCUGGAUGUUGGGUGUGGUGUUGCUAGCUUUGGUGGGUUUUUGCUGGACAAAAAUGUUAUUACUAUGUCAUUUGCACCCAAGGAUGAGCACGACGCUCAAAUACAGUUUGCACUUGAGCGUGGAAUUCCUGCUACACUCUCGGUCAUUGGAACCCAAAAGCUGCCAUUUCCAGAUAAUGCUUAUGAUUUGAUUCAUUGCGCACGAUGCAGGGUUCACUGGCAUGCCAAUGGUGGAAAACCUUUGAUAGAACUAAACAGAAUUCUUCAGCCUGGAGGGUUUUUCAUUUGGUCUGCCACUCCAGUCUAUCAAAAAGGAGCAAGGGAUAAGAAAGUCUGGAAAGCAACGGAGGCUGUGACUAAAUCAUUGUGCUGGAAGGUAGUGAAGAAAACCUUUUUCAAGUGGGCCCACGUUGGGCUGAUUAUAUAUCAGAAACCUCUUACAUCUUCCUGUUACGUGGGGCGUAGAGAGAAAAACCCACCUCUCUGUGAUCAGGGCAGUAGGCCAAAUAGCACAUGGUAUGCCCGUCUUGGCAACUGUCUUUCACAGCUUGUAACAAGGCCUGAAGAGUGGCCUAGAAGGCUCGUCAGCAUACCUCCAAGCCUACCAGAAGACGCUGAGAGUGAAGAAGCUUUCUAUGGGGACACAAGACACUGGGCUUCACUUGUCUCAGAUGUUUACCUAGGAGGCCUUCAAAUAAAUUGGUCAAGCAUUAGGAAUGUAAUGGAUAUGAAUGCUGGCUAUGGAGGGUUUGCUGCAGCCCUAGUCGGGCAGCCUCUAUGGGUAAUGAAUGUUGUUCCCAUCAGCAGUCCAGAUACUUUAUCCAUUAUCUUCAACAGAGGAUUGAUUGGCAUGUACCAUGACUGGUGCGAGUCUUUCAAUACCUAUCCUCGCACAUAUGAUCUUCUGCAUGCCAGUUUCCUAUUGGGAAAAUUGAUCCAAAGAUGUGACAUAGUAGAUUUGAGUGUGGAGAUGGACAGAAUACUGAGACCCAAUGGCGUUCUUGUAGUUCAAGACACCAUGGAUAUGAUUCACAAGCUCAGUCCAAUUCUGCGAUCGCUUCAUUGGUCAGUAGCUAUACAUCAAGAACAGUUCCUUGUUGGUAAGAAGGGAUUUUGGCGCCCAGAUGAAAAGACCAGAACAUGAAGACACACACGCCUGUAUAAUCUUUAUCCUCUUUUAUUCCUUCCCAUUGAUGUGUAGAAAUGCUAGCCAUUCUUUUCAACCAAUUAUAGGAAAAAUAUUAUUCUGAUCUGAACCUAGUGCUAAUGCUUCUAUUUUUGGCCAUUUACAAACAUUGUGAAUCUCAAUGAAACAAAUUUUACA